GUACUCACUUUUAGGAGGUAGUGAAUUUCUAUAUAUUUAAGACACAGUACAGUAUGUCACCAGUGUCAAUACUCUCGUGUAUGCUGAAUAUGCACAUAACGUUGCAUCAUUUUUUUUUUGUUCAUUUCACGCCGGUGUCCAUUAGAUAGCGUCAGAGCAAUAGAGAUGACGACCACGUCAGGAAGCCUCCAAAAUUGUGCCGCAUAUGCUGUAUAAUAAAAAAUCGGUUGUUCCAUACAACAGCUUGCAUCCCCUUGUCGUCAUCUGUUUUCUCUUAUGUUGGUGUCGCAUCGUCAUCGUGUUGCGCGAUGACGAUGGGCUGCACAUGGUCGCACGUGGCUUUCACAGAUGUGAUUUUUUUUUUAAAUGUAUUUGGGGUUUUUUUUGCUAUCCAUUUUCAGUGCUGAUCAUGUGACCGUGACGGUUCCGCCCAGAACAACUUCAGCAGCAUGUGUUGACAUUCCGCACGGCGCGUCCGGCGUGCUUGCCGGUUCUCUUCCGGGAUGGACGUGUGCACACCGGCUGCUCCGAGCCGCCUCGCAGCCUGAAAAGUGACAGCUAAAAAGCGGCGGUCAAAGAUGAUGUCGCUCAUCGAUCUGGACGACGAUCAGCGGUGGGUGCCCACGCACGUCAAUGUCACCGUGCACCGGGCCAGGGGGCUGCGGACCAAGAGCAAACACGGCAGCCGCUACCUAUACGCGGUGGUCCAGGUGGGCAAGGACAAGUACACCACUGGCCUGGUGGACAAGGCCGAGGUGCCCGUGUGGUCCGAAGAGUGCUGCUUCGAGCUCCUCCCGGGCAUCCUGGAGGCAGACGGGGCAGCUGGAGGCGGCCGCGGAGCCUACCCGCCCGGGAGCGCCGACCUGGUGCUCACCGUCAUGCACCGAGUCCUGAUUGGGCUCGAUGUGUUCCUUGGCCAGACUGUCAUCCCGCUGGAUCGCAUGUUUUUGGAGGGCGCGUGCCUGAGAGACCAGUGGUUCAAGCUAGAUUCGAAGGCGGGACGGAAGGCCAAGGAGCGUGGCGAAUUGCAGCUGACGGUGCAGUUCACCCGCAAUAACAUGACCGCCAGCAUGUUCGACCUCACCGCCAAGGACGAGCGGCGCUCUGCUUUCGGGAAACUCAAGGAUCGCGUCACAGGGAGAAAGCGCCCUGAUGCGGAAUCUUCCUCAGCCAUUGUGCCGGGGCGCUAUGCUGCUCUUUCGGUGACCCCGGGUCAGCCGUUGGACGACGAAUGUGGGGGCGCCAUCCAUGACCAAGACACGGCAAUAACAGAGGAAAAGAAGAGCAAGGUGAAAGAUUUUUUCAAAGGGAAGCUGAGAAAGUCGCCCGACACCAGGUCAUGCUCAUCCCUGGCUUCCGAUAGCAGCGCCUCCUCCAUGGCGAGUGACACACUUGGCCCUCCUCCUGCUCUCGGCUUGCUCUCAGAUCUCCCCAGCUCACCUGUCUAUACCACCGUCACACGUGUUGACCCCCACUGUCGAGACAGAGAUCUAACUAAAACAGUGCUCACUAGUCAGCACGCCACAAAGAUUCUGACACACAAGCGAGCCUUCAGCGAUGAAGCCAGUAAGAUCAUGACAUCGAUCCCUCUAACAAAGCCCAUCAUGGAGUCCGUCAAAGGCCAUCAGAUCAUGAGUCCGUCCAAGUCUUCAGUGUGCAUAAAUGGCAGCCAUGUGUAUGACUCUGAGCCUUCAAUCCUGAAGAACGCUGGAGUCAUGCCGUGCAAGUUGGUCUUGCAGAAAUGCUCCCCACUGUCCCAUUCCCUACAAAACCUCACCAAGCGAAGCGAGGACAAGGAUUCCUUUGCAGAAGGGCGACGUUGGUCCUUUGAUAAGAUGAAAAAUGGGGGAAAGGAGGAAGAGAAGGAUGCUCAACCAGUUGAGGUAGAAGGUCAGCCUGAGGCUACAGAGAACUCUAGUUCUGAAUCUUCUGACAAAGGGUGGAAGCUUAGAAAGACCUUAUUCUCUGGAGGUAGGAGCGAUUCUGCUCCAGUAAAGCCAUAUGGGAUCCAGGCUCCUUCCAUCUCUGAAGGGAGGCUCAGAGGCUGGUUCAGCAGCACAGACUCCAAGAACAAGCCAAGGCGGAAAGUGUCUCCUAAGCUAGAAAGCACCACGGCUAGAUCCCCCCCACUUCCUUGCCCCUCUGUAGGCAGUCACUGUUCCUCCUCCUCUGUUUCCCUCCCCGUUGAACAGAAUCACACUCAUCCAAUCACCCCGCCAUCAACCCCCAUCUCCCCGUCUAAUCCCUUCUUUGAGGAGCUGCAGGGGUCCCUUCCUUGUGCACCUAGCUCCUCAAGCUUUCUGUACACUUCUCAGCACUCCGGCCAGGACAUACCCAGUCCCAUUCAAAACGCUAUACCCUCCAUCAAGAGGGAGCGUCCUAAGCCUGUCGCUAGGCGGAUAUCGCUCCCGGAGUUUCCCAACUGCUCAAGAGAUUGUCCAAUGUUGGUGAGUGUACAGGACUGGGAAGACUCAUUUGACAUGUUUGCUUCAAACAGACUCAACUCACCCAAAGGAAAUACCUCUCAGAUGCAACAGGAAUCUACUCUAGAGUCCACUAAGAGGUGUACUUAUCUGGCAGAAAACUUACAUGCAGAUUAUCAUGUACAAGAGCAACAAAGAUACCAAAAGGAGCCUCCACCAUUACCUCCAAGGAGACCAAUAAAAACGUCAGUGAAUGAGAUAUACUCUGAUGGUUGGCUCCACAGAGGCCAAGAGCUGGCAGUCCACAAAGAAGCCUAUCUACUGUCUCAAACUGGAGUGGCCUCACUGCAGCAUGGAAGAGAGCCAGAGUUUAAAAGACCGACUUCAAGUGUAUCAUCAGACAGCGAGACUUCAAAUUCCCUCAAUGACAACUCUCAGCUUUAUGGAAUCAUCCCUUCCCUGGGAUUUAUGUCCAAAGAGACGCUCAAAAAGUAUGAACCCUUGGAAGACACAACUGACUUCUGGGGGGGCAUGCUAUUUGAACAAGACUUGUAUGGGCGAAUUUUCAAGGGAAAUGUUAGCCAAACAACUUUACAUAUAGGGAACAGCACAGGGAUCAGGAAUAUUCUAAAUUGUGAGACUUCCGUUGCUGACCAUUUGAAGAAGUCACCUAAUUCACUCUUAGUUUCAGAAUUAAAGACUGUUGGGACGCCCCCUCCAGUAGAGUCUAGAGUAUCUUCUAUCAUAAGUCAAACUCCAUGCAUCAACAAAAAUGGGACUUACUUGAAAAACCUACGUGAUCUAAACAUGAAUGUUAGGAAUUCGGAUUUUGAAUUUAUAGAUUCAGAUGGAUCUUCUCAAACAAAGGCAGUUGAAGAUGCCAAAGGUCUCAGCAGCUCAAGUUGGAUCGGUCCACAGUUGUCACAAGAUUCCACAGCAGCUCUUAACCACACAUUAGCUACACAUGCUGACACCUUAAAAAACACCAACAUACCCAAAAGUGACUCAUCUUUGGAAAGAAUCACAGUAUCUAGUAAAAUGUGCAAAGUCUCUCCAGUUUUCCAGGACUUUCCACUUGAGAUCAACAAGAGUAAAAUCGGUGAAACCCAGGAGCAACCUGAGGCCCAUCAGGAGUCCAGUGAUGAUAAAACAGAAAUGGACUGUAAGGACUCUAAUGAUAAUGGGAGCCCUCAAGCUGUGAAAGAAUUGUUUCCACGGGUGGUCAGUGCACGUGUUAGACCCAAAGCAAUUCCAAGAGUGGACAGCAGUGACAAUGCAAGCAGAACUGAUCUUGGUCAACAAUCUUCACUCAUGAAUGAAGGUCCGUCAUCAUAUCAACCUACUAGCUCAGCUCCAUCUCCCAAUCUGGCAUUGGAUAGCAAUGAUGAUAAAGUCUCGAACUGUCAUUGCAAUUUAAACGAUAGGCCUCUAGUACCUUCGAAUGAUGACUCAGCACUUCUAUUAGGGGAUUGUGUGACCGAAAACCCCUCUGAGAUUACUUUUGAAGUUCUUCAUGCCAAAGUUGCCCCUCAUUUGAGAAAUCCUCCAAAGUCAGAGCAGGGUUGUACUUCCCCAACUGAUACUCUUGGUAAUAUCCCUCUUUCCCCUGCUUGUUGCACCUCCACACCCUCCUCAAGCACAAAUAUGCAUGGCAGUGGAACCAGUAGGUCUCUGAUUGUGGCACCCUACUCAACCUCCUCCUGCACUCCAGACACUACCUCCACCACUGAUCAGCUCCCCUUCGAUGCACUGCACUCACUUUUGACUGAGAAGAAAUGGCCAGCUUGCAACCUGCCCCACCAGGAGAGCAGACCACACCUAGUGAAACCUUUAAACCAAUCAGAGAAGAAGGAGAGCCGUUCAGUUCUUGAGAAACUCAAGUCCACCAUAAGCCCAGGACGCACAGCCCAACAGGUGGCAGCUGGACCAGGGAAAAUUCAGGAGCCCGCAGAUGACAGGUCUGCACUGUACGAGCACCUGACGAACAUGGAGCUCAUCUCCUUGCUGCUGCAGCAGGACAUGGACAUGAACAAGCAGCAGGCGGCGUCCGAGUGUCAGCAAGCGCAGCUGGACAAAUGCGAGGCAGAGCUGAAGAAGGUGAAGGCGCAGGUCCGCGACUUGGAGGACUACAUCGACAACCUGCUGCUGCGCAUCAUGGAGCAGACGCCCACGCUGCUGCAGGUGCGCUCCAGACACAAGUGAUCCUCGGAAGAAGUCUUACCACGUGUGAAUGUCAGUUUUAGGAUUUUGUAGGCAGAGACAUGCAUUAGGUCUUCCAAUGAGUAUGAUUUACCUGUUUACACAAUGUUAUUACAUGCAUGCAGUCAAUAAUGACAGGGAAAAAAAAAAAAAGAAUAUGACCAAAAGUUACCGAUUUUUUUGCCAAGUUGCGCUAAGUAGGCUGUUGUCACAUUAAAAUUCUAAUGUAGCAUUUUCAUGUAAAAUAAUGUAAGAAUUGAUAUAACAAUAAUAUAAAAUUGUAUAUUAUUUAUAUUAUGUGUUAUUAUUAUUUGCAGCACUUGGUUCCAUAUAAAUAAAGUUGAGUUGUAAAUGCAAAUUAAGUACCGAUUUUACAAUACUGUGCGUUUAAAGAAAUAUGGAUUGUUUUCAAAAAGUAGAUGCCAUGGAAAAUACAAUGUAGACAAAUUAAAACAAAAUUACAAAUAAAAAUGAUCGUAUAUACAUAUUUCCAUCACCUCUGGAUAUUUCACUGGAUUAAAAAAAUGUUUGAAAUGGGACACCGUGUUCCUUAGCUGCUGUGUUCCAUUUGUUAGAUAAACAAACACAAGUGUUCUUACAGUAAUGUUCUUUCACGUUACCAUAAGAAUAAAACAACUAAAAAGCAAGCACGCCAGUGAAGUUAUUUUUCCGUUCAAGUCUGUUGUCAUGUAUAAAGCAUUGGAUUCUCGAAGCUUCCUGCAGAGCGUCACCGAUCGCACUGUUACCUAAGAAUAAAGUGUGACUCUUCCCAUCGUGUGGCCUCAGUGUUGAAAUGUGCAAUUCAAGCCUUAUGUGAAGCUAUCCUUUUGACCACUAGAGGGAGCGCUCAUUACAUCAUCCCCAACCGACCAAUGUCAGCACUUGGAACAUUAAAAGAUACUUGUACUUUCAACUCAAUCAGCUCAAGUGCAUCUCAGUUCUUUGGAAUAGCAUGGAAAUCUUAAAGACCCUGUCAAGUAAUUUCCUUGUAUUUUUUUUCUCCACAUACAUUAAAUAUGUACAAAGACUGAACAAUUUAGAACUGAACUGCUGAGAUAUAGCGUAAAACUUUCACCUACUCAGCUGUCUGUUUUUUUUUUUUAGGUUAAGGGAUAAAACGGGCACGCUGACGCAACCAGGGCUCAGUGUGAGCAGCCCCUCCCCACUAUAUCGUAUCUCGUGUAGUGCACGGAGUGACGCCGUGGUAACAAACACACUUCACAUUUUGUGCGCUAC